GGGGAAGGGGAAGGCGUCGACAAAGGUAGCCAGGACCCAAGUUGGAACAACUGCGAAGGGGCUGCCUAGCUCUUUCUUUGAGCAGCCUGCUCUGGAGCUGUCAAGCUCGUCUUGCGGUUGGAAUACGGCGAUCAGGGGACAACACAGGGAGGUGGGGCAAGGAAAGCUGUAGAGGGGUAGUGGCUUUUGCAUUGAAGAGAGUUGUGGGUUAGCUAUGAGUAUGGAUGCCGCCGCAUAUACCGUCUCGAAGUCGAUGCAUGCGCCGUCCGUGUCCUUGCGGCCGGGUGGGGGUAGGUCAGUCGCGUUUCGGCCUUUUGGAGGAGGAAGCAACUUGAGUGCCAGUCAGCAGGGGAGUAACGUUGGUCAGGGGUUUGCACAUCAAGAUGAGGGUGCAGGAAACCCUAAUGCGCCGAGGUUUGUCAGGACGCCCCCGGAAGCUAGGUCUGCGAAGAGUUCUCACGAAAGGAUCCGGUACACCAGGGAUCGAUUGCUGCAAUUCAAGGAUGCAUAUGCGGAGGCACCGGAGGAGCUAGUGAACUCAGGGAUCGAUGGCUUGAUCAAUGGUGCUGGUCCAGACGAUGACUGGACUAGGAGGCAGUCUAGGGAUUUGCCGCAGCCGCCAACGCCUAGAGCUGCGGAGCCCGACAACAGGGAUUGGAAAGCUCGAGCUCCGCCCCCUACAUCUGCGUCAGUGCAGGAGGAUAGAUCGUCGCCUCGAGACCAGCAAAGGGACAGGAACCCGAAGCACCGCAACGACAGAAAUGACAGGAGCGAUUUUAAUGAUAGAAAUGACAAUCGGGGUCCGCGAGACCAAUCCAAUUUUUCCCAGGGCCAGCGUCAGCAGGAGAACGCACCCUCGGGGCCUCUUCCUGCAAUUGUCAAGGCCGCCAAUCCGUGGUCGGCUCGAAGGGGAGCCCAGUCCGAAAAGGAGAAGGUUUACCGGACGGUGAAGGGCAUUUUGAACAAGCUGACGCCCGAGAAGUACGAUGUGUUGGCGGAGCAGAUGAUGGAGGCCGGAAUCAGCUCGGCUGAGAUAUUGCAGGGCGUGAUUUCGCUGAUCUUCGACAAAGCAGUGUUGGAGCCGACGUUCUGCGCCAUGUACGCGCGGCUGUGCGAGCAGUUGAGCAAGGAGCUGCCGGAGUUUCCGAGCGAACAGGCCGGGGACAAGCCGAUAACGUUCAGGCGAGUGCUGCUGAACACGUGCCAGGAGGAGUUCGAAGGCGCGGACGCGAUGCGCGAGGAGAUUAAGAAGAUGACGAAGGCGGAGCAGGCAGUGGAGCGCGCGGAGAAGGAGAAGAAGGUGAAGCUGCGGACUUUGGGGAACAUCAAGCUGAUUGGUGAACUGUUCAAGCAGAAGAUGUUGCCGGAGAAGAUCGUGCACGCUUGCAUCCAGGAGCUGCUGGGGCAGGACCCGAAGGGAAUACCGGCGGAGGAGAACGUGGAGGCUCUGUGCCACCUGUUCACGACGGUGGGGAAGCAGCUGGAGGAGAGUGCGAAGUCGAGGAUGGCGUUCGACACGUACUUCGCCCGGCUGAGGGUGAUCGGAGACAGCAGGAGCCUGGCGUCUCGAAUCCGGUUCAUGGUGCGCGACAUCCUGGACCUGAGGUCGAACAAGUGGGUGCCUAGGCGAGAGGAGAUUAAGGCGAAGACGAUCAGCGAGAUUCACGCGGAUGCGGAAGCGAAAUUGGGGCUACGACCGGGGAUGAUGGCACUUCGAAACGGGAGAGCAGCGAUGCCCGGGUUCAUGCCAGGGGCCGGAGGUAUGAUGCCAGGAAUGCCCGGGAUGCCGGGAAUGCCUGGAGCAGGAGGGGGAAUGCCAGGAAUGCCUGGAAUGCCAGGAGCAGGGGGGGGGAUGCAAGGGGUUCCGACGAUGGGGAGCAUUAUGGGGUCAGGAUUGGAGGCGGACGGGUGGGAGACGGUGAGCGUGGGAAGGAGGAGCAGGAAAGACAGCUCUGGGGUUCUUCCGAUGCCAGGAGCAGGGGGUUUCGGUGGGAUGGGCGGUCCGAUGGGUGGAGGAAUGGGAGCAGUGGGUGGUGCUCAGGGGCGAUAUGGUUCUCCAUCGAUGCGGUCGAGCUCGAUGGGUGCCAGGGUUCUUCCACAGGGCAGUGGUGGAUUUGGUUUCAUGGGCAAACCAAGUGCAUUGCUUGGUAAUGCACCCGCGAAGCCAACGGUGGAGGCAGCGAAGGUGUCGGAGCCAGUGAAGGAAGUAGCACGUCCAGCACCUGCGGCUGAAGCACCUGUGGCUGCGGCUGGGCCCCCGUCUGCAGAGCUGACGAAGAAGUCAGAGUCGCUGCUGAAGGAGUACUUUUCUAUCGUGGAUCUGAACGAGGCACUGCUGUGCGUACAAGAGUUGAAGAAGCCCAGUUUCCAUCCGGAGUUUGUGAGGAUCGCGAUUUCGACUGCGCUGGAGAUGCGAGAGAAGGAGUGCGGGUUGGUGCUGAAACUGUUGGUGCACUUGCAGUCGAAGGGAGUGGUAUCGAGCGAGGACUUGCGGGGAGGUGUGGUGAUGGUGGCGGAGGGGCUUGAGGACAUGGCGAUGGAUGCGCCAUUGGCCCCGAAGCAGUUAGGAGGCAUGAUAGCAGGUCUGAUUUUGUCGGAAGCGUCGGAGGUUUGGUUGAUGCAGGAAGCUGCAGCGAAGAUGGAGGACGAGUUUCUACAGAAGGAUGUGUUGAAGGCUGUGGUGGACAAGUUGAAGGAGAACGAGGCGCAGGUGGGUGAGGUGUGUCGGAAGGCUUCGGUGGACAAGGAGGGACUGUUGAGUGUGACAGUGGAGGGCGACAUUGCGAAGCUUUUAGGCUGAAAGACGGUCGUCUGAAUUAUGGUAGAUGUGUUAGACCUGAGCAGAUAUGCCGAAUGACAUUGGCCGACUGCCUGUUCGCACUAAUUAUCGGGAUCCAUUAUAACAUAGGAUAAAGCGCACUCUUUUGGAAGUGUUGUGAUGUUGUAAGUUUUACCUCUCUCCUCUUCGAUGAGACGGUUGAAAUUUUUCUUAUUGCAGCGAGUUACGGAAUUUUUCUUCUUGCGCUUUAGGUACACCCUGCCUGAUUUUGUUAAUCAGGUUUUGGUUUAGUCUUCAUUUGAAUUGAGCAAUUUUUGCGAGAGUUUCUGUGGAACUUUUGUGAAAAGUAAGCUUUACUUCAGUUUGAAUCUAACCUUAAAAUUUUGCAAUAGAAGCGUAAAUAAAAAAAAUAACUUUAUAUGUGAAAA